AUGGACGAGGAAGAAGUGCUUGCUACUGUAUCGGAAGAACCGUAUCCAGUGUUCCUUAUUCCUAAAAAGUGUACGGCAUUGGAAACAAACUCUGAAGUUACCGAUAACGUGUAUCUCGAUCUGAACGUUACGUCGUUGGAUACAGACGGGAACAUCAUGUGUAUUUACUCGGGUUUUUGCAAUGUAAAACUCGUGGACAGUUAUAAUAUCAACGAGGAUUCGAAUUCAUCUGAUUCUAUUCAAAAUGCUACUAUAAGUGAAGGCAAUCACAAUGACACUUCUUACAACCAGUCUCAAGUCUGGAUUGACCCAGCAAGGAGUCCAUAUGUAUAUAAUAACUAUAAUACAGCAGAAUCUCUAGAGAAAUAUUCAAUUUAUCAAGAAUCACACUCGAGUCACAUAACAGUUGAACAGCAUAGCACAUACAUAACUCAGAAUGUAUACAACUGCAACAAAUCUAUUCAGUAUGCAGCGCCAGAAGAAUUUGAACAUAAAAAGUUUAGAAAGAGCCAUUCUGUGGACACAAAUAACCAGACCAGCUAUGAAGAUGAUGAAGUACAGUGCGGUGUAUACCUUUCUCAACUCUCUGAUGAUAUAAUAACAGCAAAGGAGAAUAAAACCAGGGAGGAAUUGAAAUACAUUGAUAUACAGAGUAACAAUAGUGCCCUGAGGCAGCUAAUGUCUAAAGAUAUACAGUCAUUGUCAAAACAACAAAGGACUAUAUUGUACUUGGGGCAUGAUUCACAAUUUGGUCAAACCAUACAGAAUAUAUCAAUCAAUGAUCCUUCUUUGGAAUGUAAAGAUAGUAAUGAUAGUGAAGUUGUUAUUGAGACCAGUAAUAAUUUAAUGCAUAAAAAGUACCAGUGUGAUAAAUGCAAGCAGAUAUUUGAUCAAAUAACAGCAUUUAAACAGCACAUGGUGGGCAGUCACAAGAGUCCAAAAGUCUCCGUCUUUAAUGAUGAUGAAGUGAGAUUCAAUUGCACAUACUGUAAUAAGAAUUUGAAAACUCAAUCAAAGUUUGAACAGCAUUGCUUGGGCCACGGCGACCCAGAACUGGAAUGUGACAAGUGCCACAAAGUGUUCGCAUCGAAAUUCACCCUUCGCAACCACAGCAAGAUACACACGCGAAAGCACGCCUGCCUUUACUGCAAGAAGUCGUAUACCGACGACGUUGCGUUGCAGAACCAUAUAAACAAAAAUCACUUUCAGUUCACGUGCAGUUAUUGUGAAUACACUACGGUGGAAUACACGGACUAUAAGGCUCAUAUUGAGUUGCACAAAAAUGUGAAAAGUGAUUCGGAGUGUGAUAGUUUUAAUAGUGACAGUGUGGGUGUGGACUACCAAGUGAAGGAGAGGGAUAUAGCUGAAGCGAACUCUGUGAUACGGAAAGUCAUGUCGAAUAAAAUGUUCCUGGUGCAGUCGAAGUGUCAUAAAAACGCAAGGUGUCGAAAGGUGUGCGACGUGUGCAAGAAGAAAUUCGACCGUAUCAGCGAUCUCAAACGUCAUUUAAUCGAACAUGUCAUAAGGAGCACUCUAGCAAAGACUCCGGUUAACAAGAAUGGCACCCUCACUAUCACCUGCGAAGUUUGCCAAGCGGAAACCUUCACUAAAGUCGAUAAAUAUAAAGCGCAUUUACGCGAGCACGCUAAACUCACUCUGUACAAAUGCACAUUUUGCGAUAAGUCCUUCAGCGAUUCGAGUAACUUCUCGAAACACAAGAAAAUCCACGGAACGAUGUUCUUCCAGUGUGACCUUUGCCAGCGUAAAUUUCACUCGAAGAAAAUGAUAGCACAACACAUGGAAUAUCACAAUAAGAACGUGCCGAUCGCUUGUUUCUUUUGCGAUAAAAAGUUUUAUUUCGAGUCGAUGCUCAAUAAACACAUAAAAGCCUAUCAUUCGAAGGAGAGUUCUAGGUUUCGAUGUAGAUUCUGUCAGGACUACUUCGGUUCUCUAAAGGAUAAGUGGGACCACGAGUGGAAGAUACACAACGUUAGAAAAAUUAUCGUCGACUGUUUACUUUGCGGGUCGAAGUUUAGGAAGUAUUCGGAAUUGAAACGUCAUUGCAAUGACAAACACUCGAUGGAGAUUCCGCCCGCCAAAUUGUUGAAUAAAAGACAGGCGCCAUUUUACAUUGAUGAUUAG